GAUCCAAUGAGACAGGCACAGGGUUAACAUGAGACUCUCAGGCUGCAUCUGGUAAAAGGAAAGGACAUUCAGGUUGAGGAACCUUUUUAGAUACACAGUCAUUGACUGACUUUCUACCCCACCACUGUACUGCACUUAAAGAAGCAAAAUAACCACUUAAGAUAAAGUUCCAGAAUAGGGAUAAAGAUAGACCUCUGUUCCAGGGCUUGCCAGCAAGCCACAAAUGACUCCAAUGGAUACAGCUACUCCACAGGCAGAAUGGAAAGACAGUGUCCAGCCAGCCCUGGUCUUCUCUUUCGUGAUCCUCAUCUGCCUGGAAGCCUGUAUAUGGCUGAGGAACCAUGGCCAGAAGAGGUCUCCCCCUGGUCCUUUCCCUUGGCCUGUGGUGGGCAAUGCAAUGCAACUCGGCCAACUGCCCCAUCUCACCUUUUGUAAAAUGGCUCAGAAAUAUGGCAACGUAUUCCAGAUCAGGCUGGGCAACCAAGACAUCGUGGUGCUGAAUGGGGAUUCCACCAUAAGGGAAGCCCUGGUGAAACAUAGCAAGGAAUUUGCUGGGAGACCCAAUUUUUCCUCCUUUCAGCUUAUCUCCGGGGGCAAAAGCAUCGCGUUUGGGGGUUAUUCUACUCUCUGGAAGGCUCAGAAGAAAAUCGCUCACUCAACCCUCAGAGCGUUUUCUACCGUCAACACCAAAACGCAGAACCUGUUUGAGAAGCAUGUGGCGGCAGAAGCGCAAGACCUCAUCCGCGUUUUCCUGCGCUUGACUUCUGAGGAGCAAUAUUUCGACCCUACACGUGAGUGCACCGUGGCCGCUGCCAAUGUCAUUUGCGCCUUGUGCUUUGGCAAACGCUACAGCCACGACGACGAGGAGUUCAAAGCCCUGAUCGGCAGAAAUGAUAAGUUUGGGCAGACUGUGGGAGCCGGUAGCCUGGUAGACAUCAUGCCCUGGCUUCUAACCUUCCCAAACCCAGUGCGCAGCCUCUACCAAAGCUUCAAGGACCUUAACUGGGAAUUUUAUGAUUUUGUCAAGGAGAAGAUCAGCCACCACCGACAGACCUACAAGCCAGAGAUCACCAGGGACAUGAGCGAUGCCUUCAUCAGUCACAUAGAACAGGCAGAAGAAGCAGGUCAUGGUCUGAGCAAGGACUAUGUGGAAAGCAUUGUUAACGAUAUCCUCGGAGCAGGGCAAGACACCACUGCUACUGCCCUCACCUGGAUUCUCCUCUUACUCAUUAAAUACCCUGACAUACAGCAGAAGCUUCGGGAUGAGAUAGACCUGGUGGUGGGACCCAACAGACUUCCAUCAGCAGAUGACAAAGUCCACCUUCCCUACGUCCAAGCCUUUAUCUACGAAACCCUGCGUUUCAGUAGCUUUGUGCCAGUCACCAUCCCACACUCGACCACCAGUGAUGUCCUCAUCGACGGCUUCUACAUUCCCCAGGACACGGUGGUCUUUGUCAACCAGUGGUCGGUCAACCACGAUGGGUCCAAGUGGAAAAACCCAGAGGUUUUCGACCCCAGCCGAUUUUUGGAUGAAGACGGCCAGAUGGACAGAGACGCCGCUUUUGGGGUCAUGAUCUUCUCCGUGGGCAAGAGGAGAUGCAUUGGAGACCAACUGUCUAUGCUGCAGAUCUUUCUAUUCACAACCAUCUUCCUCCACCAGUGCACCUUCCAGGGCAACCCCAAGGAGAUACCCACCAUGGACUGUACCAGUGGCUUAGCCCUCAAACCUCUGCCCUAUGGGAUGUCUGUAACGGCCAGAGCUGGGUACACAACCACAGAGGAACCAGCCUGAAACUGCCCCUGUCCUACAGUUCAUGCAAGGUCAUCAGACUUCCAGCUCAGCUUCACCUACUCACAAGCACAUCCCAAAUAUUACACCGCCAAACGGACUCUAUUCUUGUGAUUAAACUCAACCCCUCUAUAUAGACAAAUACAUGCCAAAUUCCUAUUAUUGAAUGUUCUCUACGUCAUAGAGACUUUGACUUUCCCAGGGAGAACAUGAAGGCAGGCAGGUAGUUGCCCCUUACCGUAUUU